ACUAAGCUAUUUAUAAUUAAAUAGAAAGUAAUAAAAUAUAUUAUUUUAAUAUUUUAUGUGAUGAAUAUGUUACAUCAAAUUUGAUGUAACACUAUUAGCAUUACACCAAAUUUGGUGGAAUGGUAUCACUUUUGGUGUCUCGAUGAAAAUGAAAUGAUAGCAAAGUUGAUGUUUUGGUGUCUCAUUGGAGAUGAUCUUACUAUUUGUCGAACGUUUUUGUGGGAACAUAUUAAUGAUUGAAAUUAGUACAAAGUAGUGUUUUCCUCUCUACAAGUUAGCAAGUCGAUCUUCGACAAUUUCAUGUCACGUUUGCAAUAUAUUGUUCUCAGUUGGUGAAGAUGGUUUCAAAACCAAAAAAUGGCAUGCAUAUGCAUCAUACCCCGAAGAUAUUCAUCGCCUGAAGGAAAGCUUUCCUACUUUCCAUCUCACACAUGUACCUCAGACUCAGAAUACAAGGGCAGAUAACCUUGCACAUGGUGCACGAAGUCAGCCGUCCUAUUUUAAUCAUAUGGAUACAGAGUCACCCGUUUAGCUAGGAGAGUCUUAAUCGAGUCUAUUUAUGUCAAUGACAAAAAAAAAAAGGUUAGCUAGUCAAUCUCUACAAUCUAAUGCUUCUUAAAUAUGUUUUCAUCUCCAUUUAAAAAUGAUUAUUGAAGUGAUAACUUCAUCAAAAAAUUUAAUAAAACAAAGGGGAAACAUGUAUUAUGCUAACUACAAAAACAAACAUGUAUUAUGCUAACUACAAAAAUAAACAAGUAUUAUCUAAUUAUUUUUCACUACUUAGCUUUAGUAAAGAAAAGCAUAUGGAAGUUCCUUAUAAUUGUAUUAUGUUAUUAUUUUUCUCUACUUCAGUAAAAGUUUAUUAUGAAUGUUUCCUUAACAUAUAUAUCAUGUUAGAGUUAUUCUUGGGUUCACCAACCAAUAAGAUUUCGUUAUUUCAUAUUUGAUAUCCUUUAGAAAAUGAAACAAAAUAUUGUCAAAUUAUAUUAUGUUUUUAAAAUCAAAAAGUAAAAAAUAAAUUAAAAAAUAAAUUAAAAAAUAAUAGUAGUUACAAAAAAAAAACAUCGUAUAUUUGUCUCUAUUUUAGUCAAAAAACAUAUAUUGUAGUUCCUUUGCAUAUAUAUAUAGAUAUAAUGCUAUUAUUUUCUCCAUGUUAGUAAACAAAUCAUAUGGUAGUUCCUUAACAUAUGUAGUCUGUUAAUAUACACUUAUACACACGUUUAUAUCCUGCAUAUCAGAAGUAAAACUUGUCUUCUUCCUCUCUCUCUCUCCUGCGACAACAAUGGCGCAACAGCUUUUCUAUUCCUCUCCUCAUUCUUAUUCUUCAACCUCAAAGGGUUGUCAUAUCUUUCUCACGAGCCGCAACGGUCUCCUCCUCCUUGUGGCUCUCCUCAUCAUCUUCGGUGUAUUCUUACCCUGGGCAGGAUCUCCCUUAUUAUCAUCAACCUCGAAGUUAUCACUGUUUCCUAACAGAACCUCUUCUUCUUCAUUUCCCACCAACUGGCCCAACUAUUCUCUCGCUCAAGCAGCCAAGUUCGUCGCUAAGGACGGGACAGUGAUCGUAUGCACCGUUAGCUAUCCCUUAUUGCCUUUCCUUAACAACUGGUUAAUUAGCGUAUCUAGACAGAAGCAUCAAGACAAAGUCCUUGUGAUCGCUGAGGAUUACGCUACUCUCUACAAGAUUAACAAAAAGUGGCCUGGCCAUGCGGUUCUCGUCCCCCCAGCUCUCAAUUCUCAGACCGCACAUAAGUUCGGUUCCGGGGGUUUCUUCAAUUUUACAUCUCGGAGGCCGCAACAUCUCUUGCAACUUUUGGAGCUAGGUUAUAAUGUGAUGUACAACGAUGUUGAUAUGGUCUGGUUGCAAGAUCCUUUUCAGUAUUUACAAGGAAGCCAUGACGCAUACUUCACCGAUGACAGGACCAGAAUUAAGCCUUUGAACCAUUCCCAUGGUUUACCACCUCCGGAUCGAAAGGGAGUGACUUAUAUAUGUAGCUGCAUGAUUUUCUUGCGUCCCAAGUAUGGAGCAAAGCUUCUCGUGAAGAAAUGGAUUCAGGAACUUCAUGCUGGUUCAAACGCAUACGAAGGAAAUGAUCAGCCUGCUUUUAACUGGGCACUCAACAAAACCGCUCAUCAGCUAGAUCUAUACUUGCUACCGCAAGCAGCGUUUCCAACAGGGGGAUUGUAUUUCAAGAACAAGACAUGGGUUGAAGAGACAAAGGGGAAACAUGUCAUAGUCCACAACAACUACAUUAUCGGUUACAAUAAUAAGAUGAAACGUUUCCAUGACUUUGGUCUAUGGCUAGUUGAUGAUCAUGCUUUUGAGUCCCCACUGGGAAAACUAGAGUAAAAUUUGAAUGCCUUGUUAUGUUUGAAUGUUAUAUUAUAGGAGAGAGGACAACUCUAUUUCUUGUUAAGUCCGACUCUAAGCUCGGAAUACCUGAGUUAUCAAAAGAGAGAGAGAGAGUAAAAUGUUGUUGUCCAGAUGACCAAUCCAUUCACAAGAAAACAGAACGAAAAGAGACAUUUCUAUAUUGACUGUGCUCAAGGAAGAUGCAUAUGUGUAUCUCAUCUAGAAACAGAGAUCGGUUUUUUUUUUUUUUUUUUGUUAGCAGAAACAGAGAUCGGUUAAAGGAUU